UAAUCUGAGUUUCACAACAAUAGAAAGGCAAAGCUAAAAAUGCCAAAGCAAUCCAAAGAGCUUUUUCAUAAGUGUCCAAUAUGUGGACAAUCAUUAAAAUUGAAAUAUCAAAUGAAGGUUCAUAUAUUAAAACAUACAAAUGAACACCCAUAUGAAUGCUUAACAUGCGGUAAAACAUUUUAUAAGCUAAAUCAUGUAAAAAGUCAUUUGUUGACACACUCUGGGAAGUCUCCUUAUAAAUGCAUUACAUGUGGGAAAUGCUUUGUAUCUAAAGGCAAAUUGAAAGUACAUACUAUGGUUCAUUCAGGAGAGCGACCUCAUAAGUGUAUUACAUGCGGAAAAUCCUUUGUAACUGAAAACAAAUUGAAAGUACAUAAAAUGGUUCAUUCAGGAGAGCGACCUCAUAUAUGCAUUACUUGUGGAAAAUCGUUUGUAUAUAAAAGCUAUUUUAAAAUACAUACAAUGGUUCAUACAGGAAAGGGACCUCAUAAAUGCAUUACAUGCGGAAAAUGCUUUGUAUCUAAAGGCAAAUUGAAAAUACAUACAAUGUUUCAUACAGGAGAGAGACCUCAUAUAUGCACUACUUGUGAAAAAUCCUUUGUAUCUAAAAGAAAAUUGAAAGUACAUACAAUGGAUCAUACAGGAGAGCGGCCUCAUAAAUGUAUUACAUGCGGAAAAUCCUUUGUAUAUGAAAGCAAUUUGAAAGAACAUAGAAUGGUUCAUACAGGAGAGCGACCUCAUAUUUGCAUUACUUGUGGAAAAUCCUUUGUAUCUAAAAGCAAUUUGAAAAAACAUACAAUGGUUCAUACAGGAGAGCGACCUCAUAAAUGCACUACAUGCGGAAAGUCCUUUGUAUCUACAAGCCAAUUGAAGCUACAUACAAUGGUUCAUACAGGAGAGCGACCUCAUAAAUGCACUACAUGCGGAAAAUCCUUUGUAUCUACACGCCAAUUGAAGCUACAUACAAUGGUUCAUACAGGAGAGCGACCUCAUAAGUGUAUUACAUGCGGAAAAUCCUUUGUAACUGAAAACAAAUUGAAAGUACAUAAAAUGGUUCAUACAGGAGAGCGACCUCAUAUUUGCAUUACUUGUGGAAAAUCCUUUGUAUCUAAAAGCAAUUUGAAAGUACAUGCAAGGGUUCAUACAGAAGAACGACCUCAUAAGUGUUCUACAUGUGGAAAAUCCUUUGCAUUAAAAAACAGUUAUAAAAGACAUCUAUUAACUCAUGGCAAUGGACAUCCUUAUAAAUGUAAUACAUGUAAAAAAGCUUUCAAAUCAAAGGAUAAUUUGAAAAAACAUAUUUUGGUUCAUACGGGAGAUAAACACAACUGUACUACAGUGGGAACUCCUUCUUAAAGCAAAGGCAAUUGUAAGCAUCAUGUAUUAAUUCAUUGCAAUGAGCGUCCUUAUAACUGCUUCACAUGUGAAGAAUCCUUUGUAUCUGAAAGCAAAUUGAAAGAACAUCAAUUGGUUCAUACAAGCGA